CAUUUCCGUUUUUAUGAUUUCUUUCGUUCAAAUUUCUUUCGAUUUAAGGCAGCAUUGAGGAUGUUCUCUUCGUGGAAAAUCUGCUGUACUCGAAUACCGCAGAGAUGGAUACUUGCAGUGAUGGGAUGUCUCGCUGUUUCCAACGCCUACUCGAUGCGAAUCUGUCUGAACAUAGCCAUCACGGAAAUGGUGCUAACGGCUGAGGCAUCGAAUAGCACAAGUUCCGACGGUACGUGUCCAGUAUCUGAGUCCACAUCCUCGAGUUCGAGUAGCAAAGGCACUUACGAUUGGGAUGAAUAUACGCAGGGUAUCAUCCUGUCGAGUUUCUACUGGGGCUACGUAGUGACCCAAAUACCUGGAGGAAUACUGGCGGACAAAUUUGGAGGGAAGUACACCCUCGGUAUCGGCAUUCUAUCCACGGCGAUAUUCACAAUGCUUACACCAUUAGUGGUCGAAGCGUUCGACGCAACGGGGUUGAUAGUUCUCCGAAUUCUGAUGGGUUUCUGUGAAGGAUCGACUUUCCCUGCUGUGAACGUGCUCGUAGCCCAAUGGGCACCACCAGAAGAGAGGUCGAAAAUCGGGACGGUGGUGAUGGCAGGAAUACAGGUUGGUACGGUGCUGGGAACAUCCUUGUCCGGAGUCCUGAUCCACAAUUCCUCGAUGGGCUGGCCGGUGGUCUUCUACGUCUUCGGAGCCUUCGGCGUGGUCUGGUUCCUGGCCUGGAUUCUACUCUGCUCCAGCUACCCGGACUCGCACCCGUUCAUAUCCGAUCAGGAGAAGAAGUACCUUCACGACACGAUGGUCGAGCACACGCAGAAAGAGACGGGACGGACGCCAUGGUGGCAGAUCCUGACCUCGGCGCCGAUGUGGGCUUUGAUGAUCGGUAAGAUCGGCGAGAAUUUCGGCUUGCAAACGAUGGUAACUGACCUUCCGAAGUACAUGAGCAGCGUCCUCAAGUUCUCGAUACAGACGAACGGCUUCCUGUCGGCUCUUCCUCUUCUCGCGAUGUGGCUCAGCGGCAUCGCCUCGUCCUGGUUAGCUGACUGGUUGAUAGUGACGGACAGGAUCUCGAGGACGAACCUGCGCAAGGUCUUCGCGACCAUCGCCUCCGUUGGACCAGCGGUUUUCCUUGUCGCCGCGUCCUACGCCGGCUGCGAUCGCAUCCUCGUUGUGACCCUUUUCACCAUCGGCAUGGGCCUGAUGGGCCUUAUCUUCCCAAGCACCAUGGUUAACGCUCUCGACCUUAGUCCCAAUUACUCGGGGGCGCUGAUGGCCAUGACGACGACGAUUGUGGGCUUUGCUGGUAUCGUCGCGCCCUACCUUGUCGGCGUUUUAACGCCUAAUCAGACUCUUCAGGAGUGGAGGAUCGUCUUCUGGAUCACCUUCGCGGUCUACUUGGUCACGAUCAUGGUCUACGCCAUCUGGGCGGACGGUGAAGUUCAGUACUGGAAUGACCCCGACUUCCGGUCUCAAAGGCUGCAGGAAUCCGAUAAUGAGAAACAAGGACGUGGGUAUCCGUCGACACCCAAGCACCCAGAUCAAUUGCCAUCCGUUUGAUUGUAGUUUGCAAUCGUCUUAUCUAUGUAUUCAUUAGUCUUAAGCCGUCAAGGUCAUAUCGUGUU